AUGAACAAACUGGGAAACUCCAGUUUAAUUGUAGCAGCUGCUUCAAGUACUUCAACAAGUCAAAGAAAUACCCGAAUUGUUCGCACUAUUGCUACACCCUCACAAUCUAGUGGAGAUAAACAAAGUAAAAGAUCGAGAGGAGGCAAAUCUUCGUCAACUCGCGGUGGAAGUAGUGCAGGAACUUUAAGCCGUUCUCGUUCAACAUCUACAGCUAAAGAUCAUUCUCCUGCUUUUUCAGUUUGUACAAAAUCCUCUGCAAAAUCUUCCAAAAAAUCUUCUGAGGAACCUUUAGAACUUCAACCUUUACAUUUUUCAUUUUCUUCAUCAACAACUUCCUCUUCUACUUCUCAUCAACAUUUCGAGUCACCUACCACUCCAAAUCAACAUAAAAGAACAAUGUCUUUUAAUAUUGGAAUUGAAAAAUAUAAAACAAAAUUUAAUAAAAAAUCGUCUCCUUUAAUUAAACAAAAAAUUGCAAGUGAAGAAAAAAUUGUUGGAAGCAAUUCUAAUGCUGUUAUAGGACAACAUUUUGAUGCUGAUGGAAAAUUAAAAAAACCUUCACUUUUUCAUCACGCCAACAAAAUUAAACCUUCGAAAUCUCAUGAAUCUGUUACUUCAACUAAAUCUAAUUUACCAACUACUUCAGAAACGUUAAAAAGAUCUCUUUCAUCGUAUGUGACAUCAACAAGUAUUCCUGCAACUUCGGGAGGAAAUUCUAAAUUCUUUAUAAAGAAAAGUAACAUUGAAGGCAAUGUUUGUGAAGUCCAACAACAUCCCCACCAAAUAAUUACAAAAACUUCACCACAAAAUAAUUCUUCACCAAUUAAAGCAGAAAUAUUAAAUUCUCCCCAACACCAACAAAAUAUUACUAAAAUCCCCCAACAACGUGGAAGAAAACCAAAACAUUCAAUAUUUCAACAACAACAAAUAAAUAAACCACAAAAUGAAAAUGAAAUUGGUUAUUCUAAUGCACAUAUUUUUACUCGUUUUUAUCAGGGGCAGAAAGUUAGUGCUCGUCACCAUUUACGUUUCUACGAUGCCCGAGUAAUUACCGUCAAACAGCCUUCACUUGCUGACAUUGCGAGGACUUUAAACAAUGCAUUUGCUCUCUCCCUUAUUACACAUCAAGGUUCACCGGAAAUUUCAACACUUUCACUUGAAAAUAUGGGACCUGAAUUGAAAGAUGCUUUGCGCAAUUUGUUGAAUUCUACAAAAAUUUUUGUUCACUAUUUGGGUUGGAAUUCUCGAUAUGAUGAAUGGCUUAUGCUUCAUAAAAUCCGUGUUGAUGAAAAGGAUGAACGUUCAAGUGCCCAACAAGUUGAAAAUCAUUUAAUUAAAUCUAGUGGCAGUAAUAAUUUGCCGCCUCAAUUACUUGCUGCGGCGUUGGAUUGGUGUGCUAGUCCAGAAGGAAUUCCUUCACUUGCUUUACUACCUAGUGCCCAAUCUUCCGAACAACGUCCUCGCCGUCUUUCUUCGUCAGCACUAGCCAAAGUAACAACAACAACCGUUUCUUCUGUUGCAGAUAGUGUGAAUAAUAUACAAAUAGUGCCUAGAAGGCAAAGUACAAGUUGUGUUACCUCUACAUCUUCUACAAUGGAUUAUAGAAGUCCUUUGAAUCCUUUUGCGAAUCAUCACGCUCCUCCACCUUCGUCUUCAUCCUCUUCUUCCUCUAAUGAUGUGACAUUUAUAGCUCCACUACCGGCGUCGCAUUCACUUGGAAAAUUUACUAUUCCACAUUUGCCUGUUGUUUCAUCCACUGUUUCCGAGGCACCAUCUACUACGUGUACAACAACAACAAUUUGUUUAACUCCAAAUAAUCAAAUAAACUUAAACGUUGAACAUUCUCAUAAUGAUGAUAUUAUUGUUAAAAAAGAUGAGGAAAAAGUUGAAGAAGAAAACGAUAAAAAUAGCCAAAAAUAUCAUUUAUCGCCUAAAAAUAUUUCUCCUAUAGUUACAACAACAAAAGUCAAAACAUUCACUUCAUCGCCUACAAAAAUUCAUUUGCUUUCCAAUAUAAAGGUUUAUUCCAAUGUGACAACUUGCCCUGUAACAACAACUUUUCUUCCCACAACAACAACAACUACUACUACUCCACCAAUUACUACAACUAAUUCCUCCCUUUCUACUACAACAACUUCUAACAUUAAUUGCUUCCUUCAACAACAACAACAAAUUGUCUCACAACAAAAUGAUAACAAUCCCCAACAAAAACAAUUCUUGGUUGAUGAUAACAAAUCCUGUGUUAAUGUUGAAAUAAUUUCUCCCUCCUCCUCUUCAUUAAUAGGGGAGAAAGGUUUAUUAGUAGAACCACAACAAUUAUUAUUAAAUUUAACUCCUCAACAAACAACAAUUUUAGAGGAGGAAGUAAAGCCUGAGACAUCCUUUCCUAUUCAACAACAAUAUUUUGGACAUGUUCAAGGGGAAGACAAUAGUGUAUUCCGUUUAUCGCCACCACCAGCCCCGCCUAUUUUAAAAAUAAAAGAAGAGGAGAAAGUUUAUGGAGAUUUUGAGUUUGAGAAGGAUUCGAUUGAGGAUAAAGCCAAAAUUACUUUACCAAUUAAUGAAAGUACUUCUAUCUCACUUGAUGUUACACCUCCUAAAAAUAAUACAUUACAAAUUCAACCACCAUGGGCACCAAAAAAGCGAAAAAGUGGAGAAUCUAUUAUUGCUGGUGCUAUGAGUCCUCCGCCUAAUAAAUUGGCAAAAAAUCACUUAAAAUCCCCUGUAAGGCCAACAAAUUCUUCUGCUACUUUGUUGAGUAAUUUUGGCUCUCCUACACGUUCUCCACUUGUUGGGGCAAAUGAAGCAACUUCGGAUGAUGAAGAAGAGAAUACAUUUGAAGGUAUUCACAGUGAAAGUCUUCAUUGUUUACGACAACGUUUACUUCACAAAAUGGAAUCAGAACAUUUAUUUGAUAAUGAUGAUUUUGUUGGAUUGCCUAAUUUAGAUGAAAUGCUUCAAAAUUGUAAUGAAGACCCUGACCAACAAGUCAAACUUAUUGAACAAAGAAUGCGUGAAUUACACAGCAUAUUUAGUGAAAAUAAAACAAAACUUGGCGAAUUGGAAAAACAAAAUCGGCGUCGACGUAAAAAAGAGCAGCAAUCAUCAAUAUCUUCGUCACCAGCAUCACGUUCUAAUAUUAUAAUUGGAAGUGGUAAUGUUGAGAAUAUUUGA